GGGAGGACGCCUCCGCCCCUCUGGCGUCCGUUUCCCGCCCCCGACUUCGUCUCCCGCUGCUGCCGCUGCUCCGGCCACGGCCGCCGCCGCCGCCACCGCCGCCGCCGCCGCCACCGCCGCCGCCGCCGUCCGCCGCGGCCUGGGCAUCCCGCCGCCAGCAUGCCGCACGCCUUCAAGCCCGGGGACUUGGUGUUCGCCAAGAUGAAGGGCUACCCGCACUGGCCAGCCCGGAUCGAUGAUAUUGCCGAUGGCGCCGUGAAACCUCCACCCAACAAAUACCCCAUCUUCUUCUUUGGUACACACGAAACAGCCUUUCUGGGACCGAAGGACUUGUUUCCCUACGACAAAUGUAAAGACAAAUACGGCAAGCCCAACAAGAGGAAAGGUUUCAAUGAAGGACUGUGGGAAAUCCAGAACAAUCCACACGCCAGUUACAGCGCUCCACCGCCAGUGAGCUCCUCCGACAGCGAGGAGGCCCCCGGAGCUGACCCUGCGGGGGGCAGUGACGCGGACGAGGGCAGCGAGGACCGGGGGGUCAUGGCUGUCACAGCCGUGACCGCUGCAGCUGCCAGCGACAGGAUGGAGAGCGACUCCAACUCCGACAAGAGCAGUGACCACAGUGGCCUGAAGCGGAAGACAGCGGCGCUGAAGAUGUCCGUCUCGAAACGAGCUCGCAAAGCCUCCAGUGACCUGGAUCCAGCCAGCAUCUCGCCGUCAGAGGAUGAGAACUCAGAGAGCUCGUCUGAGUCAGAGAAGACCAGUGACCAGGAUUUCACCCCUGAGAAGAAAACUGUGGGCCGGCCACCUCGGAGGGGGCCCCCAGGAGGGCGGAAGAAAAAGAAGGUGCCCACAGCCUCCGACUCCGACUCCAAAGCAGACUCUGACGGGGUGAUGGCGCAGCCAGCAGCGGUGGCCAGGUCAGCAUCCUCCUCCUCCUCCUCCUCCUCCUCCUCCUCCUCCGACUCCGAUGUGUCUGUCAAGAAGCCUCAGCGCGGCCGGAAGCCAGCGGAGAAGCCGCCCCCCAAACCCCGUGGGAGGAAGCCGAAGCCCGAGAGGCCACCUUCCAGCUCUAGCAGUGACAGCGAUAGCGAUGAGGUGGACCGCAUCAGCGAGUGGAAGCGGCGUGAUGAGGAGCGGAGGCGCGAGCUGGAGGCCCGGAGGCGGCGUGAGCAGGAGGAGGAGCUGCGGCGGCUGCGGGAGCAGGAGAAGGAGGAGAAGGAGCGGCGGCGAGAGCGGGCCGAGCGCGGGGACGCCGAGUGUGCGGGCAGCGCGGGCAGCAGCGCCGACGAGCUCAGGGAUGACGACGAGCCCGGCAAGAAGCGCGGCCGCAAGGGCCGGGGCCGCGGCCCCCCGUCCUCCUCUGACUCGGAGCCCGAGGCCGAGCUGGACCGAGAGGGAAGGAAACCUGGAAGGAAGUCCCAGUCACAGGGCUCGGAGCCCACGAAGAAACCCAGCCAGAAGGAGAAGAGGGGCCGGCCCGAAGACAAGCAGAGAGCCAGGCCUGGGAAAGUGGAGCGAACCCGGAAACGGUCCGAAGGGCUCCCACUGGACAGGAAGGUGGAGAAGAAGAAAGAACCUUCUGUAGAGGAGAAGCUGCAGAAGCUGCACAGUGAGAUCAAGUUUGCGCUGAAGGUGGACAAUCCGGACGUGCAGAGGUGUCUGAAUGCACUGGACGAGCUGGGGACGCUGCAAGUGACCUCCCAGAUCCUGCAAAAGAACACCGACGUGGUGGCCACACUGAAGAAGAUUCGCCGGUACAAAGCCAACAAGGACGUCAUGGAGAAGGCGGCGGAGGUCUACACGCGGCUCAAGUCGCGGGUGCUGGGGCCCAAGAUUGAGGCGACCCAGAAAGCCAACAAGACGGGCGCCGAGAGGGAGAAGACGGAGGAGCUGCUGAGCGGGGAGGAGGCCCCCAAGGACAAGGCUGAGGACGAGGCGGCUGAUCUCCCAGCCCCCGUGAACGGCGAUGCCACAUCACAAAAGAGGGAGAGCGUGGAGGACAAGGAGGAAGACGGGCAGGACUCGGAGGAGGGCGCGAGGUGCGGCUCUGGAGACCUGCAGGGCGACAGCCUGCGGGAGGGCCCCGACCCGGACAGGCCUGGGGGCGAGCGGCAGGAACGCGAGAGGGUGCGGCUGGACGAGGAGAGCUGAGCUCGGGCUGCGGCUGCCGCCCCCUUCCCGACCCCCACCAGAGCAGAGACCUUGGGGGGAACCGCUGUGCUGUUUGUUUGUAUCUGUCCCCUCGGGGGGUUUUCUGCCUAAUUUCUGUGAUUUCUGACCGACAUGAAAUGACUAUAAAGGGUUUUCUAAUGAA